AUGAAUGUGUCAGGAGCCAACACAGUGACUGAAUUCAUACUCCUGAGUUUUCCUUGCUCCAGAGAGGUCCGGGUAUUCCUCUUCAUGCUGUUCUCUGUGACUUACGUCUUGACACUGAUGGGCAACGGAGCCAUCGUCUGUGCAGUGAGCCUGGAUCACAGGCUCCACACCCCCAUGUACAUUCUGCUGGCCAACUUCUCCUUCCUGGAGAUCUGUUACAUCAACACUACUAUGCCAAAUAUGUUAGGUAACUUCCUAUCUGAGACAAAAACCCUAUCUUUCACUGCUUGCUUCCUUCAGUUCUACUUCUUCUUCUCCCUGGGCAUCACUGAGACCUUCUUACUGCCCCUCAUGGCUUUUGAUCGGUACCUGGCCAUCUGCAGGCCUCUCCACUAUCCAACAAUCAUGACUAAUCAUCUCUGCAUGAACUUGGUGGCCAUCUGCUGGGUGACAGCCUUCCUCUGUUACCCAGUCCCUAUCUAUUUUAUCACACAACUCCCCUUUUGUGGCCCCAAUACUAUUGACCACUUUGUUUGUGAUCCAGGUCCCCUUCUGGCCCUGUCCUGUAUCCCUGCCCCUGGGCUUGAGCUUUCCUGUUCAAUAUUGAGUUCUCUUAUCAUUUUCAUUACCUUCUUCUUCAUCAUUGGGUCAUAUACUCUGGUUCUCAGAGCAGUGUUACGGGUCCCUUCAGCAGCUGGCAGACGUAAGGCUUUCUCUACCUGUGGUUCCCACCUGGUUGUGGUAUUUCUGUUCUAUGGGACUGUCAUGGGGAUGUACAUCAGCCCAACAUCUGGAAACCCAGCUGGAACAUAGAAGAUUGUAACCUUGUUUUACGCAUCAGUGACUCCACUGGUAAAUCCUCUGAUCUACAGUCUCCAGAACAAAGACAUGAAGGCUGCCUUGAGGAAAAUUCAGAUCCACAUGAAAAUUGGUCAGAGUGAAUGA